CCCGCCCCUGCCGAGAGCUCGGCCGGAAGAUGGCGGCGGCCGCUGAGUUGACGCAGCUGGAGAAGUGUCUGGGGCUGAGUAAAGGGAACAAGUACAGCGCUCAGGGCGAGCGCCAGAUUCCAGUUCUUCAGACGAACAAUGGUCCAAGUCUAACGGGAUUGACUACCAUAGCAGCUCACUUAGUCCAGCAGGCCAACAAGGAAUAUUUGCUGGGGAACACCGCGGAGGAAAAAGCAGUGGUUCAACAGUGGUUAGAAUACAGGGUAACUCAAGUAGAUGGACACUCCAAUAAAGACGACAUCCGCACUGUUCUGAAGGAUCUUAAUUCAUAUCUUGAAGAUAAAGUCUACCUUACAGGAUAUAACUUCACAUUAGCAGAUAUCCUCUUAUACUAUGGACUUCAUCGCUUUAUUGUUGACCUGACAGUUCAAGAAAAGGAGAAAUAUCUUAACGUGUCUCGCUGGUUUUGUCACAUUCAGCAUUAUCCAGGCAUCAGGCAACAUCUGUCUAGUGUUGUCUUCAUCAAGAACAGACUAUAUACUAAUUCCCACUAGAAGCCAUCUGCGCUGUACAGAAGAGUGAUUAAGAUAUUUUAAAUGGAAAGUGUAUUCUGGACCAGAGGACUGACAUGAAUUGAUAGGCAGCCAUUCUUUAUUCAUUGAAGUUGGUAGAAUUUUUAAAGUAUAAACUUGUGUCCCAGCAUUUUAUUCUUUAGUUGAAAUUUUGCAGUUUUUUUAUGUAAAACUUCAAGUGCUGUCAAAACUUGAGUUGAGAUCAAGGUAUCAAUUAUCUUGUUUUUAGAGAUGAAAUUUAUUUUAAUAAAAGUUGCAAAUCAGUGGCUUAAUCUUAAAAAAAAAUAGUCAUUCCGAUGGUUGACAUAUUUGGCUAUUUAUUGACCUCUUUCAUCUUAUAAAUUAAUUUUCCCCUUCUGAAUAUUUAUAGUAGUUUGUUUUUUAAGAACUAGGGUAAAUUGUGCCAAGGAGACAAAAAGGGAAGACAGAUGGAUUUGUUUUCAAAUAUUUAUGUGAGCCAGUAAACGUGGUUGAAAAAGUCAUUUUUUGUUUUUUCUUUCCUGUAGUCAGUAUUCAUUGAGGUGAAACUACUGCACUGCCCUAGAGGGAAGUGGAAUAAAAUACAUUCCCUCGAAUUAAUGGUUCUUUUGUUGUCUUUGGGCUCAUUGGAAUAUGCAGUAGCUAAAAAGCAAUGGGAAAUUCCCACUAUCCCACUAAUUUUGGACUUGGUAACUACUAGAUUUUUCUAAACUAAAAACCAACAUAGAAAGGCUGCUGUUGACAUUCUGUGUAAAGAACAAAGACUCAUACUGUAUUAAAACAAACCUAUACAGUUUAUAACUCUUAGUGGCCUGAGUAAAUAAAUAAUCAAUGAUUGAGAGCUGAAGAGCUUAUAUUUACAAAUAAUGGGAAAAAUUGUCUUUGAGCACUUCACUGUUAAUGCUGUGUGACAUUUUGGUGCUGACUCUGAGUCUCAGUAGAGUACAAUUCAAAGCUCAAGUGCACAGAGCAGAGACUUGGGAAGUGUCCAUCCCUUUGGCCCAGUCCUGCUUUGAUCACAUACUAGCUGAAUGCAUGACCUAAAGCAAAUCAGUUAACCAUAUUUUCUUCAUCUCUAAACAUAAAAAUAAAAUGUAAAAGUAAAGAUAA